AAAAAAAAAAAGCAGCAGCCUCUGUAGAAAAUUUUUGCUCUAUCUGCUCGCUUGCUACAGGGAGCACGGAGGAGGUCCACGGGCUGCACACACAAAAAAAAAACCGCUCCAAAAUGUGACAGAUCUACGCUUUUUGCAGGCUGGGUUCAUGGCGGAGUGGAAACUGGCGCAAGAGGAGUUAUUGCGGGACUCCUUGGAGCCUCUGGCCGCUGCAAGAUCAAAAUGCUCAUAGUGGAGAAGACCACCGACUUUCCCUCUGCUGAGUUCUCUCUGGUGGAGGAUGUGGCCCUUCACUUCACCUGCUUGAUGGAUCGGCUGAAUGAGCAACGCCUCUUCCAGCCCGACCUGUGCGACGUGGACAUCGUGCUGGUGCGCCACCACAGCACCUUCCCGGCCCACAAGGGCGUUCUGGCCGCCUACAGCCCCUUCUUCCACUCGCUGUUCGCCCGAAGCAAGCAGCUACGGCGCGUGGACCUCUCGCUGGACGCACUGACGUCUCAGGGCCUGCAGCAGGUUCUCAACUUCAUCUACACCUCCAAGCUUUUGGUGAGCAGCCGGACGGUCGGCGACGUGCUCAACGCCGCCACCUUGCUGCAGAUGAGCGACAUCGCCGCCUCCUGCCGCCAACUCAUCGGCAGCCGCUCGCUGCCGGGCGCCGACAUGGACGACCAGGACGAAUACGGUACUGCGUUCGGGCAGCUUUAUCGGGACAUCAAACAAGAACGCGGUGGCGACGAGGAGUCCAAGAUAUCGGAUCCUCACGCAACCUUCAACAAAGAUCAAAUCAUCGUGGAAGUCAAUCUCAACAACCAGACGCUCAAUGUUUCCAAGGGCACUGAAGGCGACAACGAGGCCAAAGUGUUCUGCGAUUGCAACGGGAGGGACUCUGAGGAUGACCUGAAGAAUGAAACAGACAAGUUAGGGCAGACGACUGAAGAAGAUGAGGAUGAACAGGACGUUGACGUUCCAGCCGCGGAAGCUGAGUCAGGUGGUUCCCGCAGGGAGCUGGCCCUGGCAGUGACAUUGGCUCACCGGCAUGACGCAGAGAGCGCCGGCCCCAAGGCGAAACUGGAGGAGAGGCAGCAGUUCUCUUGUAAGAAGUGUCCACGUGUCUUCAACAAUCGCUGGUACUUGGAGAAACACACCAGCGCCACGCACAGCCGCGCACACGCCUGCGUCAGCUGCGGCAAGAGGUUCCUACUAGAAAGCGAGAUGCUGCUGCAUCAACAGACCGACUGCGAGAAGAGUAUCCAGUGCGUGGCUUGCGGGAAGGCCUUCAAGAAACUGUGGUCGUUGCACGAGCAUAACAAGGUGGUCCACGGUUACGCCGAGAAGAAGUUCUCCUGCGAGAUCUGCGAUAAGAAGUUCUACACCAUGGCGCACGUCCGCAAGCACAUGGUCGCUCAUACGAAGGACAUGCCGUUCACCUGCGAGACGUGCGGGAAGUCCUUCAAGCGCAGCAUGUCCCUGAAGGUGCACUCGUUGCAGCAUUCUGGAGAGAAGCCCUUCAAGUGUGAGAACUGCAGCGACCGCUUCCAGUAUAAAUACCAGCUGCGCUCGCAUAUGAGCAUCCACAUCGGACAUAAGCAGUUCAUGUGCCAGUGGUGUGGGAAGGACUUUAACAUGAAGCAGUACUUUGAUGAACACAUGAAAACACACACUGGAGAGAAGCCGUACAUUUGCGAGAUUUGCGGGAAGAGCUUCACCAGCCGGCCCAAUAUGAAGCGCCACCGCCGCACGCACACGGGCGAGAAGCCUUACCCGUGCGAGGUAUGCGGCCAGCGUUUCCGAUUCUCCAACAUGCUCAAGGCGCACCGGGAGAAGUGCUUCCGGGUCAGCCAGCCGCUUGAGCAGCCGCCGACCGGCGCCGCGCAGCCUCCCUUGGUUCGUCCCAAGGGGGCGCUAUCUCCUCCCACGCAUCUACCCCCUCUUCCACCAUCUGCCCUCUUCUCUGGCGGUAGGAUGAACGUCUGAAGUAUUGAAAGGUCACUUUUUGAUUUUUGUUUGGGAGCUUUUUGCACUUCACUAACACUGCCACUUGGCAAAACUAAAGUAGUCCAAGUUCUUUCAUACAACUACAUUUGGAAAGCUGGUUUCAUUCGGGGACCAGCGAUUCUUCUUUUCCCGGAGCCUUGCACAAAACGCAGCGAUUGUAGCAAGAAAAGUUGGAUUAUUCAAACUCCGCCCACAUGUAGCGGCAGCAAGUGGUUUUCUGGUGCAACGCAGCAAUAAUAAUUAAAAGCUGACGUGUGUUGGAGAAUAUAUACUAUUCACAUUUGGGAUAUUGGACUUCUGUGUGGAUUUUCAGUAGGAACCUAAAAUACAGUAAAUUUGCAAAUCGUUUUUUUACACAUUUGCCACAGAAAGUCCAAUAUCUCAAAAUGUUUUGGGAGAAUUGUGUGCGUGUGUCUACACACAUUAACCAAAUGAAAUCGCUUACAUCACAUCAUAGCGUUUGUAAUCUGCCUCACGCUUUACAUUUAAUGAUGUAACGGAAUUGUUCUCUUCUAACUUUUUCCAUUUUUAGAACUGUCCAUGCGUGCAAGCACGCAAUUUAUGGUGGUAAAGGAAGUAUACUUGCUAGAUUUUGUUGAUGGAUGAAAGCAGGGCGGGCAAAGUUGACCCACAUACGGCCAGGUCCAUAUUUUAAUCCUGUUCAUCAAGCAUUGACAUUAUUAUUAGUCCGGUUUUUGCUGGCAAUUAUGAUGUAUUUUUUAAUAUAAUUUCUGUUUUGAUUUAUUACAAAUGAUCAAAUAGGAACAAUACACUAUUAGAUUUUUUUUUUUUUCUUUCGUGAUUUGCUGCUUUUGUACUCAAGGGUCCACUGCGAUAUCGUUCCUCCAAAUCAAAGUUGACAGCUACUGAAUCCGUCCUAAUUAUACCUGCAUAUGUAGGACAAAAUAUUGAUAUGAUGAUGUUGUAUCAUCUCUUAAAAUACAUUAGCAAUAUAACUCACUUUAUUUUUAGGUAUUUUUUUUUUAAACUGAUUCUUUUUUUUAAGUGACAUAAAAUAAGGUCCGACCCCUUUUGGUGUUAUACGUAUGAUGUGUGAAAUUUAGAGAUGAAUGAAUGAUAAUAGCAAGCACUUUAUUGUCCAAUUUGGUGAAUUUUGUUUGAUUUGGACAUGGUUAGAAAUGUGUAUAUUCCUCCCUAGAGAAUAUAUACAAAAUGAUCUUUUUUUUUUUUAAAUGAAGACCAGAAAGAAUCUAAAUGAUUAAUAUGUUUUAUGCUGUCAUACCAUAUUUCCUUUAAUUGUGGCCUUCACUCAAAUUGAUGCAUCAUCUCAGUUAAUUGCCCUUUUCAACCCCAGCGAAGAUUAUUUCUCUGUGGAAUCCCUUUUUUAACAUACAGUACUUGGUAAAAACAAAAUUUAAGACUUUUGUAAUCAUAAUAUUUCUAAGAAUAUUUUAUAUUAUAAUCAAGCAUAAAAAAAUGUUGUGCAAUACUUGGUACUUUGUGUGGCCAUUACAGAAGGAAAUACGGUAAAUGAAAAUGAGUUAUUUCUGUUGGUUUAAUUUUCUUUUUUGUUUUUUCAAUAUACCAAAUUUAGUUUAAUCAUCAUAAAAUGUCUUGAUUGUAUUACAUGACAUAGAGACUUUAAUGUAUAUACGGCUGCUUUUAAAGCAAGUGUAACCUGUCCUGACAUCAUGUACAGUCCAGUAUAUACGACCAUAUCUAUUUUUUUUAGGUGUCAGAUGUUAAUGUGAUGUUAUCACGCUAAGUGGCAGUAAAAAAGGAGAAGGAACUUUUUUUUGCACAGCCUUGUGGAGGACUCAAACUGGAUUCCUGACAGGUAUGCUUUUAUGUCUUUCGAUUAAGCACCAUUCUCCUUCAGCCAAAAAGUUUAAGAGGGACUUGCCCUUGUUCUUAAAUGAAGGCUGUCUCAAAGGAGAUUUUCUACCAGCCCUUGCUUAUUUUGCACACGAGGGCUUACUGAGCACUUUAAAUAAUCUUUAUAUUCAUGUUAACUUUCCCAAAGCUUAAAGGAGACAUAUUAUGGUUUGAUUUUAUUUUUACCAUAGAAUUUUUAUAAAAGUCUCUAAUUUUCCAUUGUCAAAUGCCCAAAGGCUAAAGAGGAUUUAACGUGGACCAAAGGCAUUGCAACCAGGCCAGCUGCUAUUUUUCCUAAAAAAAAUAAAAAAGUCCAGAAAACAAGCCUUCCAAAAUAAAAAAUAAAAAAGGGGGAUUGGCUUUUCAUUUGUGGAGGCAGCACUUAAUCAGCAAGCCACUGAAUGACUGUACAGGGAUGCUAGCUUUAUGAUGGAGUUCCGUCCCUGCAAAACUAAAGUCGCAAUGUUCCACUUGAUGUAUUGGCCGGCGCUUUUUCAUGUUACGUCUCCUUUAAGCACACAUUGAGUAUAUCCCUCGACCACCAUGUGCACUGUUAUUUGCUGACUUUCUAUCUUGUAGCGCAAGGGGUGGGGAACCUACAGCCCACAAUGCAAAUAUGACAAAAAAAAAUCCAUCUGUAUCAAAAACCUCCAAAGGUAAUUCACUUGGACUUAAUGGCUCCCCACCUCUGCUGUACACACUAGAGUAUGUCAUAGGGUGUACAGAGACCUAAUAUAAAAAAAAAAAAUACUAAAAGAGAAGAACAGUGUCUAGAGGUGCUAAUAACAAUAGACUGUAUAUUCUGUACGUUUAUGGUAUUAUUGACUCGCGUGUGUGUGUACUGUUUGUAAAACAAAAGCCAGGCGGCGUCACACCAUUUCAACAUUAAAGUGUAUCAAGAUAUUAUUGAAAAUUGAA